CUACUGGAGAGAACACGUCUUGCUGCCCCGCUGCUUACUGGGCUACUGAAUCCAGGGAACUGCUACAGAGUCUGAACUUGUCCAGUUCCAUAUGUGGAGCGGCUGGGCGGAUCGUCGGGACGGGGAACGUUCCAAUUAGAACUGCGAUUUGGGCUGGGGGAGUUGUCUUGCUUGUGAUGCAGCGAUGAAGGAGGAGAAAGCGUGAGCGGCUUGGGGCUGCGCUUUUUUUCCAAGAGCGAUAAACAAGAGAGAGGAGAAAAGUAAGAAGAAGAAGGAGCAUGACAGGCAGGGCGCAGGGAGUGCGAUCUUCUUGAUCUCAGCUUUCAGCGAUUUUAUCGGACCUGUUGCCUGGUGCUUCUUAGUUGCCCAUUGUUUCUAUUAUCCUUGGCUGCCCUGUUCGUACACAGGGAUAUCACCGGGAGGAAUUUUUUUCCGCUUCCAAUGAAAGAGGAGGAAGGAGGGAAAGAACUUUGAUCGCAGGAUAAAGGGAGACGCGCCGGAGCGCUGGAUUGCGUCUGGAUUUUUCGACCUGAGGGAAGUUGUCGCAAAACUCCGCUCCAGUGAAACUUUUCUCUGUAUUUAUUGUAAAUGGUAGCGAUCGGGGGCUCUGCGCGUAUAAUAACCAUAAUCAUGCUACUCCUGGGGUAUUUCCCAGUCUAGUCCGACUGUCGCAUCCCCUCUGGAUGCCCGCUUGGAUUUGGGAUGGACAUCUGAUUUCAGGAAACUUUGGCUCUAGGUCAAUUUUCUCGGCUCCAGGUAUUUCUGCAUUGGGACACCCCACUCAGUUGGAAUAUAAACAGGGAAGGCUGUUGAUACCUUCUGUUUCUGGUUAAUCUGCCCAUCGGGGCUGCUAAUCGCGGAGGAAGGAUGUACCUGCCGGGGAAGUUGCUGCGUCUGUGGCUCCUGCUUCUUGUGGUUUUGACGCUGCUGCCAGCGUCCGGCUGGGCUUUGGUCUGCUUGCCCUGCGACGAAUCCAAAUGCGAGGAACCCAAGAAUUGCCCGGGGAGUAUAGUGCAGGGCAUCUGCGGCUGCUGCUUCAUGUGCGCCAGGCAGAAGAACGAGAGCUGCGGGGGAGUCUAUGGGCUUCAUGGAGCCUGCGACAGGGGUCUGCGCUGUGUCAUCCGCCCCCCGCUUAAUGGCGACUCCAUUACAGAAUAUGAAGUGGGGGUUUGCGAAGAUGAGAACUGGGACGAUGACCAAUUGCAUGGCUUUGUCCCUUGCAAUGAAAACUUUGUAACGGGUUGCAACAUCAUCAAUGGGAAAUGUGAAUGUGAUACCAUACGGACCUGUAACACUCCUUUUGAGUUCCCCAGCCAGCACGCUUGCCUGACUGCUUUGAGAAGGAUUGAAGAGGAGAGGCCAGACUGCUCAGCAGCUCGGUGUGAGGUACAGUUCUCCCCGCGUUGUGCUGAGGACUCCGUUUUAAUAGAAGGCUAUGCCCCACCUGGUGAAUGCUGCCCACUGCCAAGCCGAUGUGUAUGCAAUCCAGCGGGAUGUCUAAGGAAAGUUUGCCAGCCUGGUUACUUAAACAUCUUGGUAUCCAAAGCAUCUGGCAAACCUGGGGAAUGCUGUGACCUUUAUGAAUGCAAACCAGUUUUCAGUGUGGACUGCAGUACAGUGGAGUGCCCUCCAGUUCAACAGGUCAUAUGCCCAUUGGAUAGCUAUGAGACGCAAGUCCGCCUUACAGCUGAUGGAUGCUGCACGCUGCCCACAAGAUGUGAGUGUCUCUCUGGCCUCUGCACUUUCCCUGUAUGUGACGCUGGAUCAAUCCCCCGCAUAGUCUCCCGAGGAGAUGGCACACCUGGAAAGUGCUGUGACGUCUUUGAGUGUGUUAACGAAACCAAGCCUGCGUGCAUUUUUAAUAACGUGGAAUACUAUGAUGGGGACAUGUUCCGUAUGGAUGCGUGCCGCUUUUGCCGCUGUCAGGGUGGCGUUUCCAUCUGUUUCUCAGCACAGUGUGGAGAGCUGCACUGCGACCGCUACUACGUGCCAGAAGGGGAGUGCUGUCCAGUCUGUGAAGAUCCUGUGUACCCAGUUCAUGACCCAGCAGGCUGUUAUGCCAAUGGACAAAUAAGAAGUCACGGUGACCGCUGGAGAGAAGAUGACUGCACCUUCUGCCAGUGUAUCAAUGGAGAACCUCACUGUGUUGCAACAGCUUGUGGCCAGAGUUGCUUGAAACCAGUUAAAGUGCCUGGAGAAUGUUGUCCUGUGUGUGAAGAACCAACAUAUAUUACUAUGGCUCCGCCCACAUGUGACAUGUUGAUUAACUGCACGUUGACUGAGAAGGACUGCACCUAUGGUUUUCGAUUAGAUCAAAAUGGAUGCCGCACAUGCCAAUGCAAAACAAGAGAGGAGCUCUGCACUGGUCUGAUAUCAGGCUGCGCAUUGGACUGCCCUUUUGGAUUUCAAACUCAUCUGCACAACUGUGAGAUCUGCCAGUGUCGGCCGCGGCCCAAGAAGUGCAAACCUUUGGUGUGUGACAAAUACUGUCCAUUUGGCUACUUGAAAAACAAGCAUGGUUGUGAAACAUGUCGCUGUAAGAAGUGCCCCGAUGCCCCUUGCAGCAAAAUGUGUCCAAUGGGAUUUGAACAGGACAAUCAUGGAUGCCGUGUCUGCAAAUGCAGGGAAGCAACAACUUCUGUGGUGCCCCCAGUCAAAACAGGCACUUGCUUGUCAAUGGAUGGUCGACGCCAUGAAAAUGAAGAGAGCUGGCAUGAUGGGUGUCGCGAGUGCUAUUGUCACAAUGGCAAAGAAAUGUGUGGACUCAUUACAUGUCCUGUUCCUGGCUGUGCUAGCCCCACUAUAUACCCAGGGCAAUGCUGUCCUUCAUGUCCAGAUGAUUCCAAUGCACGGAAUCCAGAACUUACAGACCCAUCCAUUUGCCAUGCUCCUGGAGGGGAGUACUUUGUUGAAGGUGAAACCUGGAAUAUCGACACUUGUACCCAGUGCACUUGCCAUAGUGGGCGGGUGUUGUGUGAAACUGAGGUCUGCCCACCUCUUCUCUGCCAGAACCCAACACGUACCCAGGAUUCUUGCUGUCCUCAGUGUCCAGAUGAUUCUCUGCAGCCCUCUGUACCAAGCAAUGAGAGUAUACCCAGCUACUGCAAAAAUGACGAGGGCGACAUUUUCCUGGCUGCUGAGUCUUGGAAACCUAAUGUCUGUACAAGCUGCGUCUGCAUGGACGGGAUUAUCAGCUGCUACUCUGAAUCCUGCCCACCCGUAACCUGUGAGAGACCGGUCCUAAGGAAGGGUCAGUGCUGUCCAUAUUGCAUAGAAGACACAAUUCCAAAGAAGGUGGUGUGCCACUUCAAUAGCAAAACGUAUGCGGAUGAGGAGAGAUGGGACAUUGACAGCUGCACACACUGCUAUUGCCUUCAAGGACAGACUCUCUGCUCUACUGUUAGCUGCCCCCCUCUUCCCUGUGUGGAGCCAAUGAAUGUUGAAAGUAGCUGUUGUCCUAUGUGUCCAGAAAUGUAUAUACCGGAACCCACAAACAUCCCUAUUGAGAAGACAAACCACAGAGGAAAGAAUGAGCUAGACAUGCCCCACUGGCCAACUCCUAGCGAGAAUGACAUAGUUCAUCACCACCACAGAGACAUGGGUCAUCUUCAAGCAAACUACAGAGAAUUGGAAAGACCACGUCUGACUGAAGAAGACUCUCUUCAUUCUGUUGCAUGGGUUGCAGUCCCUAUCAUGAUUGCUCUGGUUAUUUUAAUUGUUCUUUUUAUGAUCAAUCAGAAAAAACAGUGGAUACCAGUACCCUGUUAUAGAACACCUACCAAGCCAACCUGUCUGAACAACCAGCUUGUAUAUGUGGACUGCAAAAAAGGAACCAUGGUACAGGUGGACAGCUCCCAGAGAAUGUUGAGAAUGGCUGACCCGGACUCAAGAUACAGUGGAUUCUACAGUAUGCAAAAACAAAAUAACCUCCAGGCAGAUAAUUUUUACCAAACUGUGUGAGGAGUGCCAAUGCAACUGUUACAAGGAUUUCCCUUUAAACUGAAAAAAAAGGAAAAAAAAUUAAAAAAAAAGAUGAUAGGGUUGAAGAGAGACAAAAUUCUGCUAUUAAAAAAACCUAGAACCAUGCACUUGCUUAUUGGAUUAUAUUGGAUGUGUGACAUGUACAAUCGAGACCUUACUGAGACGAACUCUGUCUCAUGCAACGUGCCAAAAGAAACAUUCCCACUUUUCCCUUUGUAACAACUGACCAAGUGUUUUCUUAGAACCAAAGUAUGGAGAACUGGUUGAUGCAUAUAUGCUUGUAACAUAGCUGUAGAAACUUUUUUUUUUCGGUUGCUGGGGAGGAAGUUGGGGGAUUCGACAAAGGAGAGGUCGCUAAAGCAGUGAUGAAACAAGAACAAAUUGGAGAGGUUUGGGGGUGAAUAAAUUCCUUCAGAAAGAGAGGUUGGUCACAUGGGCUCAUCCAAGCAAAUCCCAUAAUGCUUCUGAAUCACAGACAAUGGCUUCUCCUGCAUCUCAGAUCCUGAAUACAUCACAGGAAGAGGAAUCAAAUCCCUGUGUAAUCAUACAGCUCUUGUUGCAACUUCUAAAUUAGCAAAGAAGCUACCAAAUCCAUAGCUGAUCUAUCUACAUUUAAAAUGCAAAUAAUAUCAUUAGUGAUAACCAUCUGCAAAAAAUAGCAAAAGCAGAGAAUGAUGGUUAAGGUUCUGAAAUGAUAUACAAUGUGCUGCUUUUUUUUUCUUUUUACUUGGAUAUAUUUUUUUUUCUUUAAUGCUGAUUGGUCAGUCCUUGUUGGAUUCAGGCAAAAAUACAGAGGGCUUAUUAGUUUUUUUUCAUAUAUAAAUAUAUAUCUAUAUCUGAGCACUGGAUUUUUAUUUUUUUUUCCUGAGAGCAGUAUUUAAAGUAGAAAAUGUUUAAAUCAUCACCUUACUGUUCAACAGGCUUUCUUAUAAUGGCGGUGUUGAUGAAUAUGUAUUUCUUUCCUUUUUGUGAGUGUGUGUGUGCGUGAUCUUUUGUUACAUUUUUUUUUUUAUUGCGCUGCCCAGAAAGAACAAUAAUUCUAUUAACUUCUUUGCUACCAGAUAGGCUAGCUCGCAUGAAACGCAGAGGUUGAACAUGUCUGACACUGUCACUGGGAUUAGCUUGCUGGAGAAAGCUGAUGCUUCAAUGAAAAGGAGACAGUGGAGACCCAUAUUUUUUCCCUUUUUUAACCUGUUUUGUUCAUUAUUGUUCUAUUGGUUGAUGUUUUUCAUUUACUGGUUGCGCAAAUUAAAAAAAAAAAACAGCUGCCCUCGUAGGGAGCCGCUUAAAUUUGUAGUAUUCAAGCACCUUUUUUUUCUGAGCUGAGUUAAAAAAAUAAAUAAAUAAGAAAAAAAGUCAAAAAGGAGAUUAUGCGUCUUUAAACCUUAGCAUUAUAGGAAUAUUUAUGUAAAUGUAUAUUAUGCUAAAAAAACAAAAAGUAUUUGUGUGUGUAUGUAUAUAUAUAUAUAUAUAUAAAAAAAUAUAUAUAUAUAAUUUUUCUGUUUUUUUUUUUCUGUUGAAUGUAUUUUUAUCCAAGAAAGAGAAAUUUUACCCACAAUGGAAACAUUAAAAACCAGCAUUCCAUAUCAAGAGCUUAAUAGCUUGUCGGAGAAGGAAACAGACAUUUCUUAGUCUACCUAUAGUUUGUUUGCAUUGUAUGUUUUGCCUUGGUUCAUGUGUGCAUGUGUGUGAGACGACGUUGGUCUAGAGCUGAGGGUGCGUGAAGAUGACUACCCCAGUGACUUCAGCAAUUGCUAAACUGAGAGGGGGAGGAAUAUUUUAUUUAUUGUUUUGUUUUUUGUUUUUUUGCUUGAGUCAUGGAACAAGCUGGUGUCUUUCGAGGAGAAACAUAAACAGGACAAUUAUUAUUUAGUUAUGUUAGCCCCGUACAGGUUAAUGUAAAUAAAACCUUUUUUCUUAAGGAUGAUAGGGCUCAUUCACUAAAAUAGAAAAAGAAAAGUCCUAAUACAGUUGUCCAUUUUGUACCCCAGGCUAGUGUUGGGCAAUGCCAAGUAAAACUUUUCCUUUUAGUACCAUGUUGCCAUCUUCAUUGAUUUUCCAUGAUUCCCUUGUGGGUCUCCAAGACCUUUGGAAUGCACAGUAUAGUACUAUUUCCAAUGUUACUGUACUGCCCAUGUAAAAAGUCCUGGAAGCCUUGUCCUUUGAUUUCACCAAAGCAGUUACCAUUAGGAAGCAAUCAAUAAAUAGCUUUGAUUGCUUUACUACGAGUUACAAACUGAAAGCAAAGAUCUGGUCGCUGUGGGUAACUGCAGUGGAGCUGGCAGCAGCACGGACACCUGUAAAGGCAACAGAUAUCACAGCCAUUCUGUAAGGAUCACGUUCAGUUGUAAAUCAAAGGUCAUUUUAUUUUUGCAUUUAUUUACUCAAAAAUACAAUUAACAAACAUGUUAUUCAAGAGCCCUAAAAUCUAUAAUUUUCUGCAGUUUACUUGCGGGCUUAUAUUAUUUUUAAGCAAAGCUAUAAUAUGUGUUUCAGAGGUCACAAUGUCAUUACUGUGACCCUAUUCAAGUACAGAAGCUGGGGUAGCAAUUCAUUUCUGCAGAUUGUGUCCCAUGUUACAAGCUGGUCCAUACAAUCAGAAUAUACAAACUGUGCUUGCCCAUCAGAGGAGCAGGUUUUCUUUCAAAAUCAGAGGGGAGAUGAGGGGACAAAAAUUAGACUAAAUUAGAAUGGAUUUAGAUGUUGCUAGAAAUGGAAAGGAUACCAAAUCUUUUUGUCCCUCAGUAUUUGUCCAUUGGACAUUUUAAGCAAUUACUGUAUAUAUUCACAUUGAAAAGCUUCUAUAAAAGGUUUGGUGACUGUUUGCAGGUUCUGCCUUGUGUUGCUUAGUUCUUUGUCUUUCCCAUAAUCAUCAUAUCAUAUUAAAUCUCUUCUGUCUGAUAAA